AUGACUAGAAAAUUUCAUCCUGAUAAAGGAUCUAAAUAUGAUGUUUAUACUCCAUAUCAUUUAAGAUUCCCAUAUCUUGCAGAUAGAUUGGGACAUCCAGAAUUCUUGGCUAAUCCCUUUUAAAGAUUAUUUAGAUUAGAAAGUGAUAUGUAUCAUCCAAGUUAUAAUGAUUAACCAUUUGUUUAACAUCCAUCAGCAGACCCAGAUCCAACUUUAAAUUUCUAAGAAGGAGAAGUGAUAUAUGAAAAUAAAAGAUUAUAAGAAUGGAUAAAAUUUGUAUGGUGGACUGGAACAUUCAGUUUUGCUUGGAUAUGUUGGGUAUUAUACUUAAAUAAUAAAUAUAAAUAUUAUUAUACCAUAUAACAUAGUUUAUAAAACAAAUCUUAUGUUUGAUCAUUAAAUUGAUGCCUCAUUCUAUCCAUAUCUUUUAUAAUCUAUAUAUAAUAUGGAUUAUAUGAGAAUUAAUGUAUUAGCUGCAACUGCUGCUUCUGCAUAUUUAUGGUAUUUCCAUCAUAUGUCUAUGAAUGAUAUUGGAAAGAAUUAUUUUACUAAAGUUCAAUACAAUAAAGAUAAGGAAAUGAUAUUUGUAACUAGAAUGGGUUCAUUCGGUGUUAUUAGAGAAGAUGAAUUUGAAACACAUCAUCUCGAAGUAAUACCAUAUUAUACAAAGUCUGGAGUGUAAAAUAUGAGAUAAAAUGUAUAUAUACAUACUUAUAUUUAUAUAGGAUUUAGGAAUGUACGAGUUGUCUUGCUUAAACAAAUAAGAAUUAAUGUAUUUAUAUAUGGAAGAUGCUUUUUGGAAUCCUAAAUUAAAAACCUAAUUUCUUACAAAUCAUACUUAAUUGAUAUCCAAAUAAUACUUUGGAUUAAAGAGGUAAUUUUAAAUUGUAAGAUUAAAAUAGAAAUGAAUAAGAAGAAUAUGAAAAGACUUAAACUCUAAAAGAAUUACCAUUAAAAGAUUUACCUGUUCCAUGA